AUGGGAGAAACACGUGACAGAGGGGGUGGGGAACCGGAGGCCCAAGAGUCGGAGCAGGCGAGUAGCGAGGAGGGGGAGUCUGAUGAGUGCGAGGAGGGCGUGAAUGACAAGGCAGCGACGCGACGGCGGAGAAUAGCCGCGGGUACCGCGUCCAGGAGGAGCGGGGCCGCGAAGAGAUUAAAGGCGGAGGUAGGAAGGGGGAGCGGGCGAAAGGCAUCCAAAGAGGAGUUGGAGAUUAAGUACGGGUUCAGCGACGAGGAGGUCGUCGCGGCACGAUCCGCAUUGAUGGAAUGGUACGACGCGAAUAAGCGUGACCUGCCGUGGCGAGCGGCCGCAGGGAGCGAGAAAGCGGAGCGGAUGGAGGAGGGGCGCAACGAUAGCAAGGAGGCGCGGGAGGCAGGGGGGAACGAGCGCGGGGAGCAGGAGGCGCAGGAGGCGCGGGAGGAGCGGGAGGAGCGGGAGGAGCGGAGGGCGUACGGGGUGUGGGUGAGCGAGGUGAUGCUGCAGCAGACGCGCGUGGCCGUGGUGGAGCCCUACUUCCGCCGCUGGCUGGCGCGCUGGCCCUCCCUCCCCCUCCUCGCCUCCGCCUCCCUCGAGGGAGCGCAGCACAUACAGCAGCAGCACGGGGGGCGCAUGCCGCGCACAGCCAGGGAGCUGCAGGCAGUGCCGGGCAUCGGCCCUUACACCGCCGCUGCUGUCGCCUCCAUCGCCUUCCGCCAGCCAGUGGCAGCGGUGGACGGGAAUGUGAUGCGCAUCAUGGCGCGCCUGAGAGCCGUGCCACUGCCCAUGCAUGAGAGCGCCGCCACCUCCCUCUUCUCCCACCUCGCCUCCCAACUGCUGCACCCCGCACGCCCCGGGGACUUCAACCAGCUGCGUCCCCGCGCCUCGGCCGAGAUCCAGGCGCCUUAG